AUGACCUCCCCUUCCACCACGAUUGAUGCCGCCAAGCAGUGGGCGACCUGGUCCCGCGAGGUCGGUGACACUAAGCGUGCCGACGAGAUGGCCGCCCUUGUGGAGGCCGGCGACGAGGAGGCUGUGGCCAGAGCCAUGGUCCCGCGCAUUGCCUUUGGCACCUCGGGCCUCCGCGCCAAGAUGGCUGCUGGGGCUGCCCAUAUGAACACUCUGGUUGUCCUCCAGACCACCCAGGGCGUGCUCCGUGUCAUGCGCGAGACCGGCGUGCUCGAGGGCGUGGACAAGCCCGCGGUCUUCAUUGCCUACGACGGCCGCCACGAGUCGUAUCACUACGCCAAAACGGCGGCCGGCGUCUUCCUCGCCGCCGGCAUCUCGGUCCUCCUCCCGUCAAAGACCAUGGCCACGCCGUUUGCCUCGUACUCGAUUGCCCAUCCGCUCGACUCGGCCCCGGCCCCGCUGGUCGGCAUCGUCGUCACCGCCUCCCACAACCCGGCCUCGGACAACGGGUACAAAGUGUACUGGGACAACGGCGCCGCCAUUCUCCCGCCGCUGGCCACUACCAUUUCCGACGCUAUCACCCGUGAUCUUGCUCCCGGCUUUGAUCGGGUCCUCCCUGAGGACGUCGUCGCCCACGAGGGCUGCAUCGAUGUGUACGACGACCUCGUCGCCGCCUACAUUGCCGCCCUCUCGCACGCGCAUCGCAUCGACCCGCCGCCGGCUGCGGCCAAGCCCGUCGUCUACACCGCCAUGCACGGCGUCGGCACCCCGUUCAUUACCGCCGCCUUUGCCGCCGUCGGGCAGGAGCCGCCGGUCCUCGUCGCCGAGCAGGCCGAGGCCGACCCGGACUUUUCUACCGUCACCUUCCCCAACCCGGAGGAGGGUAAGGGUGCGCUGAAGCUGGCCAUCGAGACCGCCAACCGCGUCGGUGCCGACCUUGUCCUCGCAAACGACCCUGAUGCCGACCGCCUCGCCGUCGCCGAGCGCGGUGCCGACGGUGAGUUCUACAUCUUCAACGGCAACGAGCUCGGCCUGCUGUUUGCGGCUCGGGCGUGGACUCUGCUCCCGGAAGCUGCCCGCGAGGACCCAAGCUCGCACGUCUUUAUCAACACUGUCGUCUCGUCGUCGGCGCUCAUGGCGUUUGCCAAGUCGGUCGGAGCCGAGUACGCGAGCACCCUCACCGGCUUCAAGUACAUGGGCAACAAGGCCAUCGAGCUGAAGGAGGCCGGUAAGAACGUGGUCUUUACCUACGAGGAGGCCAUCGGCUUCCUCCCGGGCACCAUCGUCUUUGACAAGGACGGCAUCCAGUCGGCCGUCCUCGCCGCCCAGUACUGGCAGAGCCUCGCCGCCGGCGCCGGCGGCGUCACCACCGGCCUCUUCCGCACCGAGCUCGACCGCCUCUACGCCACCAUUGGCUACUUUUACAUCGAGACCCAGUACCACUUUUGCCACGAGCGCAAGACCAUCGACGCCAUCCUCGACGCCGUCCGUGACAACGAGGCCUACGCCCGCGAUGACUUUGCCGCCGCAGGCUUUGACGUCGUCCGCGUCCGCGACCAGACCACUGGCUUUGACGACGGUGAGACCGACGGCAAGACCCGCCUCCCGGUCGGCGACCCCAUGAUCACCUGGUGGUUCGCCAACGGCGCCGUCGCCACCGUCCGCGCCUCCGGCACCGAGCCCAAGCUCAAGCGCUACGUCGAGGUCAAGGGCGCGAGCUCCGACAAGGCCGCCGUCGUCGCCGCCCAGAAGAAGCUCGACGACGCCAUCGUCUCCAUCGUCCUCAAGCCCGAGCAGAACGGGCUCAUUGCCAAGGGCGAGUAG